GCAGAGCUCUUCUUCCCAACACGGGGCAUCUAGCCAACUCUACAGCUUAGGUCUCUGCCUGCCAGCAACAUUUUACUUCUCUCUGAUCACAUCCUAUUGGUUUUGCAGUUCAGUGUAAGGGACAAUCUCACCGCUACUCAGAUCGCCCACGUGUUUUUUGACCCUGGAGUCUUGGAUGAUACCAGCAUGGUUGAAACCCUCCUGGUCUCCCUGGAGAGCAAGCCAGCUCUGGACAUCUCUGCCUUUGUUGCUGAAUUUGUGGCCACUGCUUCUCAGGAAGGCUUAUCAUCCCUGGUAAAUGUGCAAGUCAGAGAUGCCAUGUUCAGUGCAAUCUUUCACAAACUCCAAGACCAGUUCCCCACUUUUAGCAUCUCCCAGUACAAGGACUGGUUCCAGAACAAGCUCAGUCUGUGGCUGGGCAGCAUAAAUGCCUCUGCUCUUGCAGCUAUCCCAAGGAACAUACCUUGUAGAAUAUACCAAAUUAUAAUGAGUGGCUUAGAGGGCAGCUUCCAACAGAUGUCCCCUGCCAGCCACCAGGACGUUUACAGCUUUGCAAAGAGCUACCUGUCUGCUAAGGCUUCUCAGGAAGGUGGCCCAUGCAUUGAGAACACCAGGGGAAGCUUGGGUUGGCUACAAACAAAUCUGGGCUCCUUCAGCUCCUUGGCUACAUACAGAGACCUGGCCGACAUGAAUGCAGACUUCAGCAUCGUUGAUGCCGUGGCAGGACUCAGCCCAGAGGUACUGGCAGCUUACACACUGGCUGGCGAUGUCCUGCGUGACAUGGACAAAGCAGGCAAGGUCUUCAGCUCUCUGAGCUCUCGCACCAUUGGGGAUUUCAUGGAUGCCUUCAAUGCAGCUGCAAAGCAGCGCAAUGUCUCUCAGCUUCCUCAUGGUGAUGUGCGACAAUUCAUCCUGGGACAAAUCUUCUGUCACCUAAGCACAGCAUUUGAGCUCUUCUCUACUGAAGACUAUGUUGCCUGGUUUGGAGGAAGGCUCAGCCUCUUCCUAAGCAGCCUCAAUGCACAAAACCUCGGCUUCUUACCCAGUGACAUGACAUGCAACUCUCUUGCAGCCAUAGUGAAGACCCUGAACGAACACAAAGCCCAAGGGCCCUAUGAGAAUCCAGAGCACAUCUACUCCUUCAUAAAGAGAGUUCUUCACUUCCAGCUGCAGAACUCAGGCUGUGCCUGUACCCAGGGCACCACCGCAGACAGGGAAUGGCUGCUACAGUAUUUUGGUUUAUUCACUGCUUUUGGAUCGUACUCAGAUUUUGCAACACUGAAGAGCAACUUCCAUGGGCAUGACUCUCUAGACCUUCUCUCAGCUGAGGCACUGGCCCAGCUGACUGUUCAGAGCAAGACCAUCUACAGCCCCUCAGCCAUCCAGACGGUUCUGGAGGUAAUUGGGAACAAGGAAGAGCCUCUCCAGUAUCUCAGUGUCUUCCUAGAGGACUUCAACACUUUUGUCCUGAAGAGCUCUGAUUUCCUAGGAAGCACUAAGGUUCGGGAAACCAUGUUAAUGAUGACAGCAGAGAUCAUCUUCCCACAAAUUACUGACAUGUCCCUGGAAGACACAUCUACGUGGCUGCACAGACUGCGCGUCCUGCUGCCCCAGGUGAACGCCACGGUGCUGGAGCUGCUGCCCCUCGACAUGCCGUGCCCAUACUACCAAGCUCUCAUUGCAGCAAUUGAUGGAGUCUACCCAGUGCUGUCAGCAAGGAAGAAGCAUGAUGUGUAUGAGUUUCAGAAGGCCUAUUUGACAGCCCAGUUCACAGACUCAGGAUCAGCGUGCCAGGAUGGAACAACUGGAACCAAAGACUGGUUGCAAAAGAAUCUGGGAGAGAUCUGUUCAGUAGCUAAACUAAGUGAACUUCAAACUUUUUACCCAGACAUUGCUGGAGUAAGUUUUACUAGUCUGUGCACUGAACAACAGUAGAACUAGCACCUGAUUCCAAGCAAAACAGAUCACCUCCUGGGCUUUGCAUUUAGAAUAAUCAGUAAGGGGAAGAUGCAGGUGAUUCCUCACACAGUGGCUGCAUCUCUUAAAGCAGGGAUCAGCUUGGGUUUAUAUGGGAGAGAUUACUGGAUAUGAUCCACGUGCAGCAUCAGGGGUUGAAAUACACAUUCCAGCUGCUUGCCUCUCUCUUCACAGCCUCUCUUUGAUGAAAUAUAUUAAUUGUUAUCACUGAUUAUCAGAACCAAUGCCGAGAGCCUGGGCUAUGUCUGAAAUAGAGAGGUAUAUUCUACUAUGAGUGGUGAAGGGAACUUCUUUUAAAUCAUCUUUAAAAAUCAAAUUGGCUUAAAGGUCACAGUAGAAUGGCUUAUGUGGGCAUUGCCUUUCCUAAUUCCUCCAGACAAUGACUCUUCAAAUUACAUUUUCCCUUCAAAAAUACUAGAAGUUAUUUACUCAGAUCUACUAAAAUACCAGACACAUUCUGGUACUCUGAGUUUAGUCUAAUCAGUAGCAAUGGGUUGCACAUCCUCAGGACACGCUGAAUUAAUCGUUCAAGCUGCCUACAUUAUGAUACCAAGUUGUAACUACAACAAUGCAAACGAUGCGUUAAGAAAAGAUGUGACAAAGACCAACAGGAGUUGAAUCCUGCCAGACUAAUAUUUGAUUGGGAUGUCUGUAUCUAAAUGUUAUUUUAAUAUUGGUUUCACAGCAAAGACAGAAAUUGCAUUCAUGAAAUUGUUAAAGUACAACUUGAAAAUCCAACAAUUCUGCUUUCAUGUGAAAAACAAGUAUUUUCUCUUUAUCUGAUGUCCUAAAGAAAAUCCUGCACAGCUGUAAAACAUGCUUUAGACAAUGUUUUAAUUUUAUA